CGCGCUCUCUUCCUCCCUCAGACAACUCGCUCUCCCUCUCUCCUCACCAACCCCCCUCCUCCACGUAAUUCCGAAAGAGCAGAAGAAAGAGAAGGAGAACAAGAAACGAAGAGCUAGUAAACGAGAGCGGGAGCACAGAAAAAAGGCUGAAGAGGACCGAAAGGGAGGAAAAGAGAAGAAUGGACAACCACAAAACGCAGAGAUUGCGGAAAAUUUCCAGCGCCAUUGGCUGGGCAGCGUGAGUCCUUUGGUCAGGCGUGAUUUCAGCACCGGGGGGACUGGACAGCACCUCGGGGGGGACUUGGGCAAUCCUCAAUCAUAGCAAGAACUCCUCUCCAGCAGCCUCCACCACAGAAGACGCUGAAAACCCUGCUUUGUAUCAGAGAGGCAAGGAUGGUUGCUGUUACUUUGUGAUGAGAUCGGGGAUGAAUUGCUCGCUUUAAAAAUGCUGCUUUGGAUUCUGUUGCUGGAGACAUCUCUUUGUUUUGCCGCUGGAAACGUUACAGGGGACGUUUGCAAAGAGAAGAUCUGUUCUUGCAAUGAGAUAGAAGGGGACCUUCACGUAGACUGUGAAAAAAAGGGCUUUACAAGUCUGCAGCGUUUCACCGCCCCGACUUCCCAGUUUUACCAUUUAUUUCUGCAUGGCAAUUCCCUCACUCGACUUUUCCCUAAUGAGUUCGCUAACUUUUAUAAUGCGGUUAGUUUGCAUAUGGAAAACAAUGGCUUGCAUGAAAUCGUUCCGGGGGCUUUUCUGGGGCUGCAGCUGGUGAAACGGCUGCAUAUUAACAACAACAAGAUCAAGUCUUUUCGAAAGCAGACUUUUUUGGGGCUGGACGAUCUGGAAUAUCUCCAAGCUGAUUUUAAUUUAUUACGGGAUAUAGACCCGGGGGCCUUCCAGGACUUGAACAAGCUGGAGGUCCUCAUUUUAAAUGACAAUCUCAUCAGCACCCUACCUGCCAAUGUGUUCCAGUACGUGCCUAUCACCCACCUCGACCUUCGGGGAAAUAGGCUGAAAACGCUGCCCUAUGAGGAGGUCUUGGAGCAAAUCCCUGGCAUCGCUGAGAUCCUGCUAGAGGAUAACCCUUGGGAUUGCACCUGUGAUCUCCUCUCUCUGAAAGAAUGGCUGGAAAACAUUCCCAAAAAUGCUCUAAUUGGCCGAGUGGUCUGUGAAGCCCCCACCAGACUGCAGGGCAAAGACCUUAAUGAAACUACUGAACAGGACUUGUGUCCUUUGAAAAACCGAGUGGAUUCCAGUCUCCCGGCACCCCCCGCACAAGACGAGACCUUUGCCCCUGGCCCCCUGCCAACUCCUUUCAAGACAAAUGGGCAGGAGGAUCGUGCUACCCCAGGGUCUGCUCCAAACGGAGGUACAAAGAUCCCCGGCAACUGGCAGAUCAAAAUCAGACCCACGGCAGCAGUGGCGACGGGAGGUGCCUGGAACAAACCCCCUGCGAAUGGCUUGCCCUGCCCCGGGGGCUGCAGUUGCGACCACAUCCCCGAAUCAGGUUUAAAGAUGAACUGCAACAACCGGAACGUGAGCAGUUUGGCUGAUUUGAAGCCCAGGCUCUCCAAUGUGCAGGAGCUUUUCCUGAGAGAUAACAAGGUCCACAGCAUCCGAAAAGCGCACUUUGUGGAUUACAAGAACCUCAUUUUGUUGGAUCUUGGCAACAAUAACAUAGCCACCGUGGAGAACCACACUUUCAAGAACCUUUUGGACCUUCGGUGGCUGUACAUGGAUAGCAACUACCUGGACACGCUGUCCCGGGAGAAAUUCGCCGGACUGCAGAACUUAGAAUACCUGAACGUGGAGUACAACGCGAUCCAGCUUAUUCUCCCUGGCACUUUCAACGCCAUGCCCAAACUGAGGAUCCUCAUUCUCAACAACAACUUGCUGAGGUCCCUCCCAGUGGACGUUUUCGCGGGGGUCUCACUUUCUAAGCUCAGCUUGCAUAACAAUUAUUUCAUGUACCUCCCGGUGGCCGGGGUGCUGGACCAGCUAACCUCCAUCAUCCAGAUAGACCUGCAUGGAAACCCCUGGGAGUGCUCCUGCACCAUUGUGCCUUUCAAGCAAUGGGCAGAACGCCUGGGUUCUGAAGUGCUGAUGAGCGACCUCAAGUGUGAGACGCCUGUGAACUUCUUUAGAAAGGACUUCAUGCUCCUCUCGAACGACGAGAUCUGCCCCCAGCUGUACGCCAGGAUCUCGCCCACGUUAACUUCGCACAGUAAAAACAGCACUGGGUUGGCGGAGACCGGGACACACUCCAACUCCUACCUAGACACCAGCAGGGUGUCCAUCUCCGUGUUGGUCCCGGGACUGCUGCUGGUAUUUGUCACCUCCGCCUUCACCGUCGUGGGCAUGCUCGUGUUUAUCCUGAGGAACCGCAAGCGGUCCAAGAGAAGGGAUGCAAACUCCUCAGCGUCCGAAAUUAAUUCCCUACAGACAGUCUGUGACUCUUCCUACUGGCACAAUGGGCCUUACAACGCAGAUGGGUCCCAUAGAGUGUAUGACUGUGGCUCUCACUCGCUCUCAGACUAAAUCCCCAAAACUGAUGAAGAGGGGAGGGAAGCCAGAGAGCGAUACAUCCUCUGCCUCCAGCAUACCAGCGGUUUGACCCAAAUCUAGUGUACCCCAAGCCUUGAUGGACAUAAGUAAAUAAAUAACUGGGAAUUCACUCAACUAAGAGGCUCUGACCCUUUAGAUCCCUUCUGGAAACAAAGAGCACAGUGUGGCUAGCCAGGCAAACGCAACUGGCUUGCUCUUUGCUCUGAGCUCUUUUGACUGAAAGCCCUGCAUGGGCCCUGCCAGAAGAAUACAGUAUCCUCGUCCCUGGCAGAAGGACCUGUGGGGAUGACUGCCUUGGUUCUAUACAUAUAUACAUAUAUCCAUAUCUAUAUAGAGAGAUAGAUAUCUAUUUUUCCCCUGUGGAUAGCCCCUAUGAUGGCUCCCUGUUGGCUUCGCAGGGAUGGGCAGUUGCACGAAGGCAUGAAUGUAUUGUAAAUAAAUAACUUUGACUUCCGACAAAAUCAAAAAACAAAAAGUGCUGCAUGGCUCGCAUGGAAUCCACGCGCUCCAGGGACUCUCCUGCGCCCCUCCCCCCCGUGACUGGAGAUGGUGUCACAGCACCCACCCUCUUACCUGAUAAGUCCCAUCGUAUCAAACUUUCUAUAAACAAAAUAUAGUAUAAUCAAAAAGUGCCAUUUCUCCAUUAUUUGUGAUUGGUAGGCAGUUCAGAGCGUAUGUUUACUGUGAAAAAAUGUAAAGGUUUUAUUUAAGACAUUUGCAUGGCUCUUCAUCAGUCCAUCUAAUGAGUUAAUGUAUUUAGUUGAGGAGUUUUGGGGAUUGUUUUGGGUUUUUUAUUUUGAUGGUGAUGUUUUAUUUUAUUUUAUUUUUUGAGGGGGAAUAUUUUUUUAUACAUAUCCAAUAAUGCCUUCCAUCUGAAUGUAAAAUAAGUACCCAUGAUUUCUAUUAUAGUAUCAGUGUAAUUAUUUAAAAAAAAAGAUUUUGAGGCAGUUAAGCAUGACCAAUUAACGUCACUCUAGUGCUUAGGCUGCGAUCCUAUGUUAGCAAUUCUGUGCUGGUAUCAAUCUUACUUAUAAAGUAGGAACAAAGAACCGAGAAAGCACGUGAAACUUACUAAUUCUAUUCAAGGAUUUUAUAAUGGCAUAUUUUUUCAGUAUUAAAGUGAAAAUGUUUUCAAAUCUGGGUCCUUACAUUUUUCCAGCUUCAUUUUUGCAAGUGGUAAAUUGGAUUAGUGGUGCAAGGGGGGAGUGGAACGGAGGGGGGUGGAACCCUUUUUGAGCUACGUUAAGACUCUUUCAGUAAUGCCUCAGCCCUUUACCUUUCACUAGAUCCUCCUCCAGCAGCCCCCACCUUGCCUUAGACUUUCCUGGCUUUCCCCUGUCAUUAAAGUCUUCUCCCAUCUCCCUCCCCUCCCCUUUCCCUGCUCCUAAUGUGGCAGUGGAUCCUUUAUUAAUACUGGAAAUCCCUCGCUGCUGCUUUUGUUGGUGCUGCCCACACUGCAGAUACAUUAAGGAUGUUAGGAGAGAGUUGAUUUAAUUGACUCUGCCUAGAUCGGUCUCAUUAAACAGAGUGGAGAUUUCAUUGGUCAGCACUCCUCCAUGAAAGGCAGAUCUAAUGACUGGCAUUUGAGAUGCUGCUGGCGUUUUCAAUUCAACAUCUGCUGAAAAUGGUAAAACUAAUUAGUACCCACCUACCCUCCCCGCCCCCGCAACUGCAUAUGGAAAUUUGUUAAAGUAUUCAUCUUUAUGAAAAUCAAUCAUUAUCCUAAAGAAGUGCUUCUUUCCUAUCAUCUGGAUUUCUGUUUGUGGCCCAGUAAUUAACAAGAAAAGCAUUGAACUGUUUGAAUUUUAUAAGCCAAUGCAAUUCUGGCCUCAAUUCCACUGGGAUUUCUAAACAAGUCUAUUUUACCAGCAGUUAAGGUAAAAAGCCAGGCAAACUACUGGAGUCUGCAUUCCACCACUUAUCUAGCCUUGAGAAAUAUGUCCAAAAACUGCAGACCUCGGACUUAAAAAAUAAAUAAAUAAAGCUACAGAAUUAUAAAACACCUUAGAAAAAAAAUAGCCCCAGAGCAGUUGAAACCAGAUCUGCCAUCUAGAACUCCUUUUCUAAAGGGAAGUAAUUUCCCAGAACUGUGGUGUUCUGGAGUAUGUAUUAUUUAUUUUAACACUUUUAAAAUAAAAUCUUUAUUAUAAACCAUGA